UCGCGUUGCGGCGCGUCGCUUGGCGUCUGUUCCCUCAGCCGAGCGGAGAGGCCUCCGGGCGGGUCGGCCGGCCGGGCCCCGCUCUCGCCCAGGAUGAAGAUCGAGGAGGUGAAGAGCACCACGAAGACCCAGCGCAUCGCCUCGCACAGCCACGUGAAGGGGCUGGGCCUGGAUGAGGGCGGCCUGGCCAAACAGGCAGCCUCCGGGCUGGUGGGACAGGAGAACGCCCGAGAGGCAUGUGGUGUGAUAGUAGAAUUGAUCAGAAGUAAGAAAAUGGCUGGAAGGGCUGUCUUGCUGGCAGGACCCCCUGGGACUGGCAAGACAGCUCUAGCUCUGGCUAUUGCUCAGGAGUUGGGUACUAAGGUCCCCUUUUGCCCCAUGGUGGGCAGUGAAGUCUAUUCAACUGAGAUCAAGAAAACAGAAGUCCUGAUGGAAAACUUCAGACGAGCAAUUGGUCUGAGGAUAAAGGAAACAAAGGAAGUCUAUGAAGGUGAAGUCACAGAGUUGACUCCGUGUGAGACUGAAAAUCCCAUGGGUGGAUAUGGCAAAACCAUCAGCCAUGUAAUUAUAGGACUCAAAACAGCUAAAGGAACCAAACAAUUGAAACUGGAUCCUAGCAUCUUUGAAAGUUUGCAGAAGGAGCGAGUAGAGGCAGGAGAUGUGAUUUACAUAGAAGCGAACAGUGGCGCCGUCAAGAGGCAAGGCAGGUGUGAUACCUAUGCCACGGAAUUCGAUCUUGAGGCCGAAGAGUAUGUCCCCCUGCCGAAGGGCGACGUUCACAAGAAAAAAGAGAUCAUUCAGGAUGUGACCCUGCACGACUUGGACGUUGCCAACGCCAGGCCCCAGGGUGGACAGGACAUACUUUCCAUGAUGGGCCAGCUAAUGAAGCCAAAGAAGACAGAAAUCACAGACAAACUCCGAGGCGAGAUUAACAAGGUGGUGAACAAAUACAUUGACCAGGGCGUAGCCGAGCUGGUCCCUGGCGUGCUGUUUGUGGAUGAAGUCCAUAUGCUGGAUAUCGAAUGCUUCACCUACCUGCACCGGGCCCUGGAGUCUUCCAUCGCGCCCAUUGUCAUCUUCGCCUCCAACCGUGGCAACUGUGUCAUCAGAGGCACGGAGGACGUGAUCUCUCCUCACGGGAUCCCUCUGGACCUCCUGGAUAGAGUAAUGAUCAUCCGCACCAUGCUGUACACACCGCAAGAAAUGAAACAGAUCAUAAAAAUCAGAGCCCAGACUGAGAGCAUUAACAUCAGUGAAGAGGCUUUGAACCACCUUGGGGAGAUUGGCACCAAGACCACUUUGAGGUACUCUGUGCAACUACUGACCCCAGCCAGCCUUCUCGCCAGGAUCAAUGGAAAAGAUGGCAUUGAGAAGGAGCAUGUUGAGGAAAUUAACGAACUCUUCUAUGAUGCUAAAUCUUCCGCCAAAAUCCUGGCUGAUCAACAGGACAAGUACAUGAAGUAAAGUGCCUGCAGCAUUUAACUUGGUAAUAGUUUACUGGUGUCAGGAAAGUAGCCUCUCAUUGAAACAGCUAGUGUAUAGUUAGUGUUUUGGAGUGGGAGGAAAAUGAAAAUCUUGUUCUGAUGUAUGUGCCUCAAGUCAGGAACCCAUGUUACGGUAUUCAUUUAGCUAUUAGAACUUUUAACAUCUUCAUCCAUUGUUGCUUUGGAUGGAACCUUACCUGGAGUGUUUUAUAAUAAAUAUGUUGAGGUUAGACUUGU